AUGUAUCAGUCGCUCCACGUGCAUUUCCUCGGAGCAUUAAUCAUUGACUUUGCGACGAAGUGUCAUCACCAGCGCCAAUAUGGUUGGACAUCACCCGCAUCUCAUGGUGAUAGCACCAAAAAGAAAUAUUGCUUAUCUGGAAUCCUCAAUGAGAAUCCUAUCACUUGUCAUGGCGCCCUCAGAUCACACUUGGUAUCAACUAUCGCAUACUCAAAGGCAUAUUGA